AUGGAUGCCUGCAAAGAUAUAACCACUCCAAUGGGAUCGGGGAUAUAUCUUGAUCAUGACGAAUCUAGAACUCCAAUUGAUACCACUAAGUAUCGAGGUAUGAUCGGUCCCUUGUUGUAUCUACUGGCUAGUCGGCCCGAUAUUACGUUUAGUGUAUGUUUAUGUGCUCGAUUUCAAGCAUGUCCAAAGGAAUCUCAUCUCACUGCUGUGAAGAGAAUAAUGGAGUAUCUCAAAGUAACAUCAAAUGUCGGCUUAUGGUACCCCAAAGGUAGUAUAUGUAGUCUUGUUGGUAUCUCUGAUGCAGAUUAUGCAGGAUGUAACACGGACAGGAAAAUCACGAUUGGAACAUGUCACAUUUUUGGAAAUGCUCCAGUUUCUUGGUCAUGUAAAAAGCAAGCAAGUGUGGCUCUUAGCACUGCAGAAGAAGAAUAUAUCGCCACCGGUAGUUGCUGUGCACAAAUACUUUGGUUGAAGCAACAACUUCUCGACUAUGGUGUAAAUCUAGUUAGCAUUUAUCUCAAAUGCGACAACACAAGUGCAAUAAGUAUUUCAAAUAAUCCAAUCAUGCACCUAAGAACCAAACACAUUAACACUAGACAUCACUUCCUAAGGGAUCACGUUUUAAAAGGUGACAUUGAUAUCUCCUUCAUCGAUACUCACAAUCCACUCGCAAAUAUCUUCACAAAGCCGAUUUCUCGAGACGUUUUUUUACAAAAUUAG